UAUUUGAUAAAGAGCAGGCGCGUAUGACGGUGCAAGUUUGUUGGAAAAGCAGAGCAGCAGCCGGGAAAAGUGUAGCAGGAGAAAAGCAAGAGGGAGAAAGUGAGCACAGAGCAGAGGAGUGCACAGAGAAGUGAGAGAAGGUGUUCAGAGCCAAAUAAAAGAGCAAAGCCGAAAUGGACCCCAGCAAGUCACCAAGUGCCCCUCCGUCUGGCUGGAAUGCUGGAGAGAAGGCAGGCAUGGAUCAGCCUCCACCAUACCAGGACUACAGCGCUGGCUACAAUCCAGCUCCAGGCUAUCCCAACCAGACUGGCUACCCUCAGGGCCAGCCUUAUGGAGCUCCGUAUCAGGGUCAGGCUCAGGGUCCGUACCCUGGUCAGCCCGCGGUGACUGUGCAGCCUACGAUCUACGUGGCCGCCGGUCCACUGGCUCAGCCCUUGCCUGACUACCUGGGCUACUCCAUCUUCACCAUGCUGUGCUGCUGCUUGCCACUGGGCGUUGCUGCUCUCGUGUUCUCAGUGAACACUCGAGAGGCCAACGUGUCCGGCAACAGACCUCAGGCCGAGAGGAGCUCACGGAUGGCGCGCAUCUUGAACAACACAGCACUGGGGAUUGGAAUCGUCUUCAUCGUCCUGUACUUGGUGCUUUACAUCACAGUCUUUGCGGUCUCGCGCUAAACCACCAUCCAUCGUCUUCGCCGCGCACCUUCAUCUUCACCAUAAUGAAAGCCAAUUAAAGACGAAGGGGGUUUCUGAAGACCAUACGAGUCGUUCAUUUGUUUAUUUUGAAUAAGCAUUUGUUUUUGAUAUCAACACGUGUGUAAUAAUCGUCUGUUUAAAAUUGCACGUUCCGCAGCUCGCUUCAUACGCUUUGUAGAUGUGUGUCGCUUAGCAGUUCAGAUCAACUAGACGACUUGAAUGAAAUGGAAAGGAAGUUUCUUUCUUGUCUUCUUAUGCCUUUCCUGAAAUGAACGCAUUUUGAUUAAAAUGCAUUUCCAACAUGCAGUGAUUUACAGUACGUCUUUAAAGCUAAAAGAGUUACGCAUGGAUAGUGAAUUAAACUUGCUUUUGAUUUCAAAAUGCAAAAUAUAUAUGUUGAAUAAAGGCUUUUUGUAAUAA